AUGUCUAAGAAGUGCCGCGUGGGCGAACCGGAGGAUAUCAUAGAUGAGCAGCCGGACGACAGUGACUGGUUACGGCCACCCGUCCCGAUACUAUGCAAGUCCUCUCCUCCGGUGAUCUUAACCGAUGCACCCACAAUCGAAGACCCAGACGAUGAUAUAUGGUACGAGGUCAGCGAGCGGAGUGACGACGAUCAGUCACAGCAAUGA